AUGGCAACUUCCUGCUACGACAGCACCAGAGCGACGCUGCAAAUGCCCUUCUGCAGAGGGCGCUGCAGAGCCUGUCAAAUAAAGAACCCUGUGAAAAAGUCCCGUAAAGAGCUGAAGCAGAAGCAGAAGCAACAGAACGCGGAGCAGCAGCUCAGCAAGCUGGAGGCGGAGCUCAUGGACACGUCCGUGUGUCCGGACAGCACAGCAGUGUUUGAGCGUCUGCUCCGGACAGCUCCCUCCUCUGGCUGCAGUACAUGGCCUUCCAUCUGCAGGCCACGCAGAUCGAGCAGGCGCGCGGUCGGCGAGAGAGCCCUCAAAACCAUCUCCUUCAGAGAGGAGCAGGAGAAGCUGAAUGUGUGGGUGGCCAUGCUAAAUCUGGAGAACAUGUACGGGACACAAGAAAGCUUGCAGAAAGUCUUUGAACGGGCCAUCCAGUACUGUGAACCUCUUCCAGUGUUCCAGCAGCUAGCCGACAUUUACGCCAAGUCGGACAAGAUCAAA